CAGUUCUUCCAUGUUCUCGUAUGUUCACUUCCGGUCACGAUGGAUCCUUGCCCCCCCAUGGGCUGGCAUAGCAGGCUGAGACCAUGGUGAAAGAUGCAUGGGAAGUGGAAGGUCGCGACCCAGGUGUUGCUCGAGAGCUGAAAUACUAUUCUCGGAGCUAUGGUGGGUCUGAUCAAGAAGCUGAAGAAGAAGCCCAAGAACAACGGCAGCGCAUGCAAGUGCUGCACGAAGAUGGUUUUCCAUUGAAAUUGAAGUUCGAAAAGAAGAAUUUGGUUUCUGGUAUGCUGAUGGGUAAAUGCAGGCGAAGCCCCAUGACAGGUGAAAUCGUUCUGGAGAAAGCGCCAAGCUUUCCAAAUUUCCAGGUGGUGGACCUGGCGGGCCGUGAGCUGCUUCCCAGAAGUCGGCACCUUUUGGAGGAAGAUAUCUACCUCUUCAAGCCGAUCCCACUCAUGUACAGAACCUGGUUGUACCAGCGCUAUUUUCUGAAGCCUGAAGGAUUCGGAAGGGGCCGUGACAUGGACUACAUCGUUCGACAGGCUUUGGGAUGCUUCUGCUUGGAUCUCCUGAUGUGGGAUGGCAGAUGGUCACCCGUCAUGAUGUAUGCCUUCAUCAUGUUCCUCUCGGCUCUGACUUGCAGCAGCCUGAUCAUCACCUCUGCCUGUGGGGCUGGCCUGGUCUCUUGCGCGAUCUCCGUGCUCUCCAACAGCCCCAAGGUGUACAGACUGGAGCGCUGGCUAUCAUUGCCCUUUCGCUUCGCCUUCUUCGUGUACAUCUUCAUCGUGUUCCCGACCGAGAGCACCUUGGAGGUCGCGGGCACGAUCUUGGUGAUCUUGCUGGUGCUCCUGGAGUUCUGGGCAGGCGAUUGCAGCUUCUUCUCCACCUACAGGUUUCACUGUAGCUACAAAUUGAUCCGAUGCGUUGGUGGCCGGGUCUUUGUGUGUGAACGUGAAGGAGCCGAGGGCUUGAACAGUCAGCUGGGCCGCGAGCCGGAUCGAGUGGCUCCGGAAAUCUCAAAGCUUCCCAAGUGGACAGCGCUAAAUCAUUUAAUUGCAGAGAUGGAAGGCUUAAUGGUGGAACUGCGGCCAAUGACAGCAGAAGACUGGAGUGCUGCGGCACAGGAUUACAAAAAGAACUUGACAACGGUGUCUUUUGUCAGCUUACCAGUCUUCGAGUACGAAGGGCCAACCCUCAAGGACGAAGACUUUGAUGAGAACCAGGAUCACAUACCAGACAAGAUGGCUAGAGGUGCAGUGAGAGGCACCCAGUUCCUCGAGACGCUGCAGAAUUUCAGACAAGCUCGUGAAAUCUACGGCGGCCAUCAGCAAUUGGACUGGAUGAUUGAAGAUCUCGACUUCAGUGGAGAUUGACCGCGUAUGACACUACCGACACUAGGUUUCCUCGUGAUCCGAUGUGCAACACACAAGAAGGAAAGACCUACGGUCACUGCACUUUGUGUCAGUUUGUGGUCAUUAGCUUGCCUUAGUUGUGAAUUGUUCUCUAUGUACCGGGAUGUUAGCAGUGAGUCAAGCAAACGAAAGCUUCCCACUGUGACGAAUACACGGGCCUUGUAGUCAUCCAGCUAAGCUGGGAAUUCACAAGACCUGCAUGUAUCGUUUCACCUGAAAAA